ACCACUCCACAGACAGUGCUUCUGUCGACUCCGGAAUAUUCUGAGGUUAUUCAGCGCCUCGAGAAUAUCCCCUGUAAAAUCUUUCGAGGGUUUUGGCACAAGAAUGAUGGUGCCGUGGACACCGAAGCAUCUGGGAGCGAUUGCGCAGCCGCGCCUCGCCCACUCACACCAUCCUCCCAAGCCCACCCCCGCCAACGUCUAAACAAUCUUCCAGACAUGCGCAUUGUCGAGAGGUUGCGGCAUGUCUUGUUGCGAGCUUGCUACCGAUGCCUUUGCUAGAAACGACUGCUUGCUGAUUCUCAGGUGAUCUUUGCGAUUCUCUCGCCGGGCGAUUGUUGCGCUACGACCACCCCAUAGCAUGUCCUUUGAGAUGCGGUCGAAUACUUCUACGAGUGCCCUGACUCGCGAGACAGCUCUGGUGCCAGCCAACAGCUGUAGGACCGCCGCGGGAAAAUUUGCCAAACGACCCACGCGAUCGAAGCACGCAUGCGCCAACGAGUGUGCUCUUUCCCUCGUCAAACCCAAUCUGCAGCCUGUCGAAAAAAUAGAGACUAAACCUCGAGAACAAAUGCGCGAGGAGAGGACCCCGUGCGAUAGCCCUCGAACACCCCCGAGCGACCGCAAGCCUACACGAGGCAGACCGCUAGACCCCUCCGCGGCCCGAUUGCGCAGUGGCAUCCCCACAGCGCCUGAUGAGGAGACAGAUCUUACGUCGGAAUGCCAGCGACACUGGGGCGUUGAGCUCUUCGUCUGUGCAGCCGCUACACCCGGAGAUCGUUACCAUGUAACGUCCCAAUGCCUCCUUGACAAAACUUGGUACGAGGGUAGAAAGAGUCGGAAUGUUGGAAAGCGCAACCGCACCGCAAAGGCCCUGUAACAAGGUGCGACCGUCGAAGUUUGACUGGCGAGCUCUUGUAUCCAAGUCUGCAGUUCGGACGCAGACGCAAAUGUCGAUUGCGAUCUUCUAGGCAGCCUAAAAGACAAGCCAGCCAGUGCAUCAAGCCACCAAAUUG